AUGCCCAGCGCCCAGGAUGGCUCUACCAAAAAGUUGGUCGUCUCACUUGGAUGCAUCCAGGGGGCCGUGCGGUCUCGACGAGUCAGUGCAAAUCCAUACUGGACCGCAUGCACCUCCCGGACUCGUGUUAGUUCUGGGGGUCGACCGAGUUCCGUUCUUCUCCCCGAGUCAUACCAAAGUCCCCAUCUGGUGCUACCUACGAAUCGGCAGAUGGCGUCCAGAGUGGUAAUACAGAACACACGCAGUCUCGUCGAGUCGUCUCGCAUAGACGACUACCAGGCAUCCCCGCCUCGGACGGUCAAGUCCAUCACAACAGGGUCACACCACUCCCACUCUGCUAUAUACGUUCGGUGCACGAUCCUCCGCGACCCUGACUACCGCGACUCAUUCCAAUGGGGCAAUCCUCAGUCAAACGACAAACUCAAGGCGAGCCGAGAGCUUAACCCGUUCAGUCAGUCAAUAGCCCCCGUCAACCCUACCAGUAGGGAGGAUGUGACAGGACGACGCCACGAAGCCAAGGUCUUGGGACUGCACCACCCCUUCCCUCGCGGGGGGUCCAUGCGGUUCAAAGGCCCAGAAGAAUCCUGAAAGGGAAAGUUGAGAGAAAAGAAAGAAGGAGGAAAAGAAAGGGAAAAAAGGGGGGUGAUGGGAAACAUGAACAGAACUCGGUUCUUCUUCCACACCUCGAAACACAGGGC